GUACGAGAGGAGUUUUGCUGCCGCCGCCGCUGCUGCCCCUGCCGCUAAGGCUGCCACAACCACUAUCACCGCCGCAGCCGCUGCCGACAUGUUCCAGGGGCGGGAGAAUGAGGGCGGCAAGCCAAGCUCCAGGGUAAUGAAACCCCCUGGAGGAGACUCAAGCAAUCUCUUUGGAACUCCAGAAGAAGUUAUUCCUUCAAAUAGACCAAAUAGAAUGGCAUCUAAUAUCUUUGGAGCAUCUGAGGAACCUCAGAAUACACCCAAAAGGUCAAAUCCUCCAGGAGGCAAAGGAAGUGGUAUCUUUGAAGAGCCUACUCCUGUGCAGGCUCGAUAUCGUUUGAAUCCCCCUGGUGGGAAGACCAGUGACAUCUUUGGGUCUCCAGUCACCAUUACUGCGCCCUUAGCCCACCCAAACAAGCCCAAGGAUCAUAUUGUCUUAUGUGAAGGUGAGGACACAAAAUCGCAACUUAGAGCUACAGAGAAUACACAAUCUUCAAAAGAAGAACAUGAUGAGAAAUGUGAUAAAGGAAAGGAGGAACGAGCCAAGGAAACUGAGUCUAAACUCAAGAUCGACAACCAUGAGCCCAGGUUGGGCCCCAGGCCUCGAUCACACAACAAAGUCCUCAACCCACCGGGUGGCAAAUCCAGCAUCUCUUUCUACUAAAGGAAACUACUACCAACAUCUUCAGAGUAGAAACUCUUCUGUUAGGGUGUCAAGGUUUAUAGUUUCUAAUUAGUACAAGU